GAGCAUUCAAACCGUGGAGCUUGAGCAAGAAGAUAUGGCGCCAAGCAACGUACCAGCGGCACUGCUCCGGCUCCUGCUGCUGGCCACUUCCGGCCUUCUCGGUCCAAUGCUAUCUGGCGCAGCGCCGGUCGAGCCCGUUGAGGUCAGCCUCCUCGCCGGCGCACAGGAAAAGGGAGCAGUGUGCUUGGACGGGACCCCGCCGGGGUACCACCUGCAGAGAGGCUCCGGUGGUGGAUCCGGCAGCUGGCUCAUCCAUCUAGAGGGAGGAGGCUGGUGCAGCACACUCAAGGAUUGUUCCGGUCGCAGAAUGUCUGUUCUUGGUUCAUCAAACUUCAUGAAACCACUACAGUUUGCCGGUCAUGGGAUUUUUGACAGUGAUGAGAUAUAUAAUCCUGAUUUCUACAACUGGAACAAAGUCUAUGUACGGUAUUGCGAUGGGGCAUCAUUUGCCGGGGAUGCAGAAGGUCAAGCGCAGGAUGGAACCACAGUUUACUUCAGAGGGUUGCGCAUCUAUGAAGCAAUUACUGACGAACUCAUGCAAAAAGGCCUCGUCAAUGCUACACAGGUGCUCUUUACAGGUUGUUCUGCCGGAGGUCUAGCCACGAUACUGCACUGCGAUGAUUUUAGUGCACGGUUUCCUCAGCAGGUUUCAGUUAAAUGCUUUGCGGAUGCUGGGUUUUUUCUUGACGUCAGAAAGGAUAUAUCUGGAGAAAGGUCCUUUUGGUCUUUAUACAACCGAGUUGUGCAGCUCCAGAAUGUUAGACAAGUGUUGCACAAGGACUGCCUUGCCAACAAGGAGCCAACUGAGUGUUUCUUCCCCACAGAGAUUAUUAAGAGCAUCCGCACCCCCAUGUUUAUUCUCAACUCUGCGUAUGAUUCAUGGCAGAUACAGAACGUUCUCCUACCGAGUUCAUCUUCUCCAGAAAAGUCAUGGUUGAGUUGCAAGGAUAAUAUCGGAAACUGCAACUCAACCCAAAUUGAAGUUCUUGAUGGUUGGCUAAGCUUGUCAAUCUGCUUCCUUUUACUUUCUCAAUCAUCACCGAAGCUCUUGCUGUUGUUUGGAACACUAAAUAAUAUAUAUUCUUCUUUGAUAGAAUUCAGGAAUACAAUGAUCAAUGAUUUGAACAUUGUCGAAGAUAAGGCAGGAUGGGGCAUGUUCAUUGAUUCAUGCUUCACUCACUGCCAAACGCUCUUUCGCAUCUCUUGGAAUUCACCAACAUCCCCAAGGCUUGGAAAUAAGAACAUUGCAAAAGUUGUUGGAGAUUGGUACUUUGGAAGGAGCCAAGGAGUGAAAGAGAUUGACUGCCAGUAUCCGUGCAACCCAACAUGCAAUAGCCUCCCACCUCCAUGAUUUGCUACUACCCCCUCCGACCCAUAUUAAUUGACGCUGUCUUAGUAGGAAGUUGUACUAAAACAUCAUCAGUUAAUAUGGAUUAUUGGAGGGAGUAUACUGGAUUGUGUUAAUAUUUACUAUGUAAAGAUUCAAGAAAAACAAUUCUUCAUAUUGAAUUGUCCAUCACAGAGAAAAA